AUUUGACUCCAUGUGUGACGGAAUAUCUUCUGCAGGAGUCGGAGCAAUGGGAAAAUUCCGAAACGCACGUGAUCGGUGGUUGAAAAUUUUGGCGAAAGUAGACAAUGCGUGCCGAAGCGGAGCAGGGGGGAACGCCGGGAAAGGCCUGAAGUCGUGGGCCCUUUUCGACGUCGUAGACGGAAUGCUUAGAGGCACCCCUCACUACGCCGAGAAGAUAAUUACUAACAUACCAGCAGACGAGCAAAGAAACACACCACAACCGUCCAGCAGUGGGGGCAGCACACUGACAUGCAGCCCAGGGCUGCAGGAAAGCGGUGACCGGGGCUGCCAUGGCUUAAACAUCACAUGUGCUCAAGAUGUACUUGCUGCAAUGUAAGUAUGUUUCGUUGUGUUGGUUUGUAGUAGCACAGUUCUAUU